UCAGCUGUCGAAAGUGGGGAGGAAAAGGCCGAUCGCUAUGUGCUAAGUAUGUUAUGUAGUUCAUGUCUUCAAGCGAUCCGUUGCAGUUGUAGCUAUGGCGUGUUUAAGUUCGAGUAGGCUUUGUGCUCGUGUUCAGGAUAAGUUAAUGUGUCAAUUCGGACCUAAAGUUCGAAGGCAGACUGUAUUUGUGAAACUGAAACCUCCCGGACCAUCUCCAUUGCGGAUAUUUGGAAAAACUUGUCAGCGAGUAACAACAUGCGGUCCUGCAUGCGGGUCAGCAGGCGGUGGUGCAGUGGCGGGCGCAGCGCGGCGACUCGCUUCAAGCCUACAAAGCACAAGCACAGGAUCCCUACCAGACUAUGGAACACAAAUAGUCGACCCAUAUCGCUUGCUAGAAGACGACCUUAAUGGAAUAUAUGAAGAUAUACGAUCAGAAUUGGAACGCAACACAAACCAGCCCGAGCUAAACACCAUAGCUACAUACUACUUCGACGGACAGGGCAAAGCACUCAGGCCGAUGGUGACUACACUUAUGGCAAGAGCUGUCAACUACCAUGUAUAUGGAGAAAACAGUGCCCUACUGCCAACUCAGCGGCAAGUGGCCAUGAUUAGUGAGAUGAUCCACUCUGCUUCAUUGAUCCACGAUGACGUCAUCGAUCAGAGCGACUUCCGACGUGGGAAGCCCUCCGUCAACGUGCUCUGGAACCACAAAAAGGUGGCGAUGGCCGGCGACUUCAUCCUCGCUGUGGCGUCGAUGAUGAUAGCUCGCUUACGAAGUGACGAGGUCACUCUUGUACUCAGUCAGGUGGUCACAGAUUUGGUCCAAGGAGAAUUCAUGCAGCUCGGCAGCAAGGAGACUGAGAACGAACGGUUUGCGCACUACUUAACAAAAACGUAUAGAAAAACUGCAUCGCUCAUCGCUAAUUCUGUUAAAGCGGUGGCACUCCUGAGUGGUGCCGACGAAAAUACUUGUGAGCUUGCAUUCCAGUACGGAAGGAACCUCGGUCUGUCUUUCCAGCUGGUAGACGAUUUGCUGGACUUCGUUUCCUCCGCACAGGCUAUGGGUAAACCCACCGCUGCUGAUCUGAGACUCGGAUUGGCCACUGCGCCUGUCCUGUUCGCGUGUGAAAAGUACCCAGAGCUAAACCCGAUGAUAAUGAGGAGGUUCCAAGAGGCGGGCGACGUGGAGAAGGCGUUCGAGCUCGUGCACAAGUCGCGCGGGUUGGAGCAGACGCGCUUCCUGGCGCGCAAGCACGGCGUGGAGGCGGCGCGGCUGGCGGCCGAGCUCGCCGACUCGCCCUACCAGAAGGGGCUCGUGGUCACCACCGACCUCGUGCUCAACAGGAUCAAGUAGACGCCGCGUCUCCGCUCCACGCGACAUCGAAAGGCAUUCACGGUUCUCGGCCGGCGUGUAUAUAUAUCGUAUCGUCUGCGUGUUCGGCAUCGAACCUCUUUCGUCGACAACGCUUCGGAGUACUUUCCUCACAUGUGCGGUCGUCGUCGGGUGAACUUCUAAGUGCUCUCGAAGUGGAAACGUAUUACCCGUGACCUUUAAACGGUUAAAGGUUCGAAAGACGUAGUACAGAAUUUUGGAUACCUUUUAGAAGGUAAAAUGACGUUAAAAGUUAUAAUAUGAAUAAGAUAUGAGUGUGUGGGUUAGUUGUGUUUGGACACUGUGGUGAUGUGUGCGUGUGUAGAGUGUCAAGUGUGUGAGAUGAUAUGUUAAUAGAGAGGUCGUAGAUAUUUUUCGUCGAGUGCUAGACGGCGAAUCGAGUUGGAGGUCAUAUGUAAAUCGAACACUCGACGCCGAGUUCACACGAUGUGAAUGAUUUAUUUAUUUAAUGUGUAAUUUUCUUAUUAUUUGUUACAAAUAUAUUCUUCCCUCACUUAUGUGACCUGAUUUACUUUAAGUUUCCUUUGGAUGUCAUGUUCAUCGUAAACUGCAUGCGACCGAUACAAGCCACUAGACUAGCGUGUUUGUGACUACUCGUUACCAAAUAUCGCUGUACAUAAGUGUACAAUAUCAUGCUCAACUUUAAAUUAAAAGCAGGUCUACUUAUAUAACGUAGACGAAUUUGUAUAUAGAUAUAAUAUGCUAGUUAUAUACGUCCAUGUUUUAUUCUUCGUUUUUGUGCAAUUCUUCUGUUUAAGUAUAGCGUUAUAAAUACCUGCGUGACUGCAGUUCGAAACAUGUUCACGUUUAAAACAGCGAUACAUUUCCCAACUAUCUGGCUAUGUCAUUUUAAUUUGCACGUUGUAAAUACUGAGUCAUUGGAUAAGUUACCCGCGUUCUCUUCGAAACCAAUUACCUCAAACUCUUUAGUUUACACGCGCGUAGUAGAGGUGUACAUGUAUGUUCUUAUAUAGUAUUAAUUUGAUAGUCUUGUACGAAUGUGCACGACGUUGAUGAGGCGACGUUGUCAAUAACGCUUAAGUAACGAAAAUAAAUAAAAAAACGGCUAUUUUAGCUGUUGAUUGUAAAUAAUACGAUGACAUAAAAAUUAUUCAGAAAUUACGAAAGAAAGUUUAAAGAUCAUUGUAUAAAAGUAAUAUUUCAUUUUACAUAAAUAAUUAUUAGCUAUUUUGAAGAUAAGCCGACUUAAUGACUAAAAGUAAAAA